AUGACUUCCGCGCGAAUCGACCCAGUCAGGGAACGUUUGCUGGGCGAGUCUAUCAGCGAGCUUUGUCGCCUCAUCGCCAAGCCAAUCCCAGAAGCCAAGCUCACAUCCUUCAACGGCGACAUAUCGGACCGGAUCAUCACACCGCUCAACGCACUGUCAAACCACCUUAUACGCGAAGAUGAGCGUUCCUCCGAGAGUGGCAAGCUAUCAAAGAAUAUCAUCGCGCCAGAAUGCGAGUGUGCAGUGUGCGAGAUGAGCUGGCUGUCAACUUGGCGACAAACAACGACAGACGUGUCUCAGGACGAGGCAAGGCAGCAGCGGACGCAGGGGAAGACCGAGUCCUAUGCGAAAGCAAACUACAUGAGUGUUGUGACAAACUUGGAUGACGCCACAGCUCGUCUGACUGAACUACUCGAACUGACACAGGGGAUGAAGGAAGCGUUGCGGCUCGUUCUGGAGCAGCAUGGCAAUGCAGUCUACCGGGCAUGGUUUCGGAACGAAAAGAAGCGUAGGGCAAUCACCGAACAGGCCUGUCCCACGCUCUAUCCCUACUCACGCCCGCCAGCCCACGUUGCGGUCGGGCCCGAAGAGCUUCGAACGUACCUCUCCAGCCUCAUCAACAUACGCGCCCCUGUUCCCGAGAUCUUCUCCCCAAUGCUCCUCCCAUGGCUUGACACCGAGUCCCUUGUCGAGGAACCACAUCGGCUCAUCGCGCUGCUUCAUGCAAGGACAGCGCAUGGGCCGCAGGAGUGGUUUGCCCACGAUUUCCAACAGACCGACGUGACUUGGCGGCAUUGGACGACGCCAUUCGUCUAUGCACCCUUUUACGUAUCUGUCAAGGCUGGUUCUUUCGGAGAGGUUAUGUUCUGCGGUCUAGAAGAGGCUCAUGCCCUUGGUAUCAUCGGGUACCCGCGAGCGCGCGCUGUCCUGGAAGCACAAUAUGUGCUCAUGCGCUACCUCAGCCAGCUCGUCGUACACAUGUUGGCGACAGCCAGCACCAGCGAGCUGAAGAACCACCGCGGCACCGACGAUCUCCUCAAAGAAGCGAAGCUACAAUUCAAGCAGGCCGGGUCUGUCACCUUAGGAUCCCCACACUACUACCAAGCCUUUCGCUCCCCAGCGCACGUUGACUUCUCAGCGCUGUAUUUGGAUGCUUGCGCGCGUCUGGAGGAGGCCUCUAGCCAUUUUGAGAGGCUGCAGCCUCGACCGGCGAAGAUGGCUGAGCUGAUUGAGGGCGAGAUUCAUACGUAUCUCAUCAUGGUGCAGAUAUGCAAUGUCCUGUAUCGCCUCUGCGACAUCGUCGCCCCCUCCACGACCACCUUCACCGCAGAGGUUGUGGCGGACAUUGUGCACCUAGGCGGCCUCGUCAGGCUGUACAUUCAGCUCUGCUCCAGCAGUGUCGUGGCUGAUAUGCGGAUUGAAAAUGUUUUUCUUGGAAACAACCCCCAACCCCAAGUAAAGAGAACCAACAGACGUGGACAGUGCCCGGCACAUAUGCUCGAGUAUGAACCUCUAUACUGGUGUGUGAGUAGCAUGCUCCGCGCACCGCACGACGGAUACAAAGUGGACUAUACAUUCCUCUUCACCAUGUUCGAGGAGCUGAUGAACGUCCCCGAGAACCGGGCAAAGCGUUUUGUCUCCCCGCAGCUUCACCGGACCAUCUCGAGCAUGGCGGGCGCCCACGAAAUCGCCAUCAGCCUUGAGCGCAUGAGGCCCUAUGUCGCCUACGAUUUUGCCGGCGCACAGAUCUCAAAGAAUCGGCGAUUCGACUUUGAUGACAGCCACUCGGGAUGGUCUCUUAAUGAUGAAAGGCGGGGGCCGGGCAAGUGCCUCUGCUGCAAUGAGCCGGCAGGCUCAAGAGAUCGUCUGGUCGCUAUCCACGCUGAAUUUCUGGAGCCCUUUGAGCUGCUCACCCUACCGCAGCGCUCCAACCCAUCGGCUUGGCUUGCGUACCAUGAAAAGAGCCAUGAGCUGCUUGGGACGCUGUGGACGAAUCUGCGCGAGCAUUUUUUCGAGAACGACGCAUUGUUCCUGCGUGGCGUGGUGUCAGACGCCGACUUUGACUUUUUGGAUCACCAUGCCCAGGCUGACCAUGUCAAACUACUCCGUCUGGAGCGCGCAGCUCUCGAGAUGCAGAUCAAGACAGAGACUGAGCGCAAGGUGGUACAUAUCCCGCGGUCUAGCACCCAUGUCUUUGGACGGAACAAGAUGCCCGUCAGGAAAAGCAAGACAAAGACGCGAACCGACGCUGAACUUGACGAGGAGCUGCGUAAGAUGGUCUUCAAUCUGACGUUAGAUACGGACCAUGAGGCGGAAGAGGACGAGAAACUCCACACUGUCGACCAUGUCGAGGUCGCCAAGAUCAAGACGACGAGGAGGGCCUACGACCUGAUCCGGCACUUGUACCCGACGACGGCGGAAGAGAGCGGCCGGACGUAUCCGUGGGACAAGUUUGUCGCGGCCAUGGGUGAUCUACGCUUUACCGCCACCAACUGUGGGGGGUCGGCGUGGCCUUUUCCCUCGUCGAGCCGCUGGGUGGGAAACCGAUCACAUCUGAACAACUGGACAUGGUACGAUUUCGGAGAGACUAAUUAUGCGAGAACUACUGUACACGACUGGACCCCCAUGGGUUUUCUUUUUGGUGAUGGUGUUGUGGACUGGAAGAAGAAGCCUGCGACCUACAAAGUUCUAGGGGCCUGCAGCCCAUUCAACAACCCGUCCGCACCCUCCACAACAUCUGUUACGUAUUCCAACGGUCACGUUCACUUUCACGUCCACAUUCUGGAUGAAGUCUUGGAUUCCGAAGAUGCCGAUCGCACGAGACUCUCCCCUCCAGCUUGCAGCAGCCCUACCAUUGAGCCAGCCAAAGGGUACACGUACUACAGCAUUGUUUCAUCAUGA